AUGUCAGGCAACAAAGGCUAUUCUUACAGCGGCUCGGGCACCAACAGCCAGGGUAACCACUACUGCUCGCGCGACUACGGCAACGGCUCCAACAGCUACCACUAUUCCAACACUGAUGGUUCCUACUACUACUCCAACUCCAACGGCAGCACCUACCAUAACAAUGGCAGCGGCGGCUCCACCUACACCUCGCCCAGCGGCCAGUCUCAUCAGUCUGGCUAUGGUGGAAGCAGCAGUGGUAGUGGCAGCUCGGGAAAGAAGUGA